AUGCCUACUCCAUCCCAAGUGCAAACUCUAUUGCCCUUACCACUUGAAAAAAGGCCGAAACUAAUAUGGGACAAGGCUUACAAAAUUGGUUUUGCAUUACUGUUCCUUUGUGGGACCUUUGCUAUCUUGGGCAAUUUUCAGGGGAAAUCGAGUACUAGGAAUGCAAGAAGUGUCACCGACAAUGAAAAACGUAUUAUUGGACUAUACUCUGAGUUCGAGACCAUGCCAAUAUCAAAGAAGCAGCUUGCCAAGCUGACUCACGCAGUCUUCAGAUUCGUCAGUAUGACAGAUGAUGGGCAAUUGGAAAUGAGUGAGCGUGCGAAAGAAAGAUUCAAAGAUUUGAAGUCAAAGGUGAAGAAUUCAAUGACUAUGCUGAUGAUUUCCAUUGGUGGAUUUGAGAACUCGAAUUAUUUUUCCUCGGUACUAGAGGAUGAGCAGAAAAAAAGCAUCUUCAUUAAAUCCAUCCUAUCAUUCCUUAUUGAGCACAAGAUUGACGGCGUCGAUAUAUUCUGGAAAUGGCCAAAGCUCGGAAAUAGAGCGAGUUACUCCAAGUUUCUUCGAGAGUUGAAUCAGAAGCUUAAAAAUCAAGAGAAACGGUAUAUCCUGUCAGUGGUAGUUCCACCAGUUGAUGUAGACAACUUCGAGAUGGGAUUCGACUUGGAUGAAAUCAUAGAACAUGUUGAUUUCCUAAACGUGCAUUCUAUGGAUUUUGCGGGCCCGUGGGCCAAUCAGUAUGGAGUACCGACGGGGCCGUCGGCUCCGAUGUGCGGUGGGUUUGGCGCUAGGAAGAAUUUCAACGUGCAUCACACUAUGAAAUAUUACGUUGAAAAAAUUGAAGAUCCAAGCAAGUUGAAUCUAGUCAUUCCAUUUUAUGCGAGACGUUGGGAACAUGUGAAAGAAAGCCUCGAUUCCAACACUGAAGUAUUCAGAAAUGCAGAUUUGGUGAAUGGAAUAGCUGUGGGGGAACCGUACAUAUCAAGAUGGUCUGCUGAGAAAACUCACGGUUUAUCGCUUGGCUCAACUAAUUGGGAUACUGAAACAAAAACAUCAUUCCUCUGGGACAAAAACAAAAACACGUUUGUGACACUCGAAAGUGACCGGAGUAUUCGAGAGAAGAAGAAAUACGUCUGCGAUAUGAAGCUUGGUGGAGUUUGGAUUUGGACAGUGGAUAUGGAUGACAGUGCUGGAAGUCUUCUGAAUGCGGUGUCUUCCAAUAACUUUUGCACUAGAGAUUUUGCACUUUUGCACUAGAGAAAACUUUCGAUUUUACCAAACAUGAUUAUUUAGAGUCAAGUGCAAGACCUAAUGUUACUUCUACAACAACAGCUCCUACAACAGAGUCAAGUGCAAUACCUGAUGUUACUUCUACGACUACAACAAAGUCAAGUACUACGCCUCCUGUUGAAUCUACGACAACAGCUCCUGUAACAAAGUCAAGUAGUACACCUCCUGUUAAAUCUACGACAAUAGCUCCUGUAACAAUGCCGAGUACUACAGAAAAAACUACAUUCACUUCAACUUCUUCCUCUACAACAAGUUCCCCUGUAUGUUCAAAGCGAACUGUUGGAUUUUUCACUGGCAAUAGUACGACAAGCAUUACACAAGAUCAAAUGAGAAAGCUAACACAUGCAACUUUCUGUCGUAUUUUUUUGAACUCCAGUGGAAUUUUGGAUUUUGAAAGAUCCAAAUAUAAAACUAGAUUUCUAGCUUUUAGAGAUGCAGCAAAAAGUGCAAAUACGAAGACUUUAGUCUCUAUUUCCAUAGACUGGCAUACAAUGGCGUUUAAAAAAAGAAUAAGAUUAUUGGCCGGAAAUAUCACGUCAUUCCUAAAAGAAUAUAAGUUGGAUGGUGUGGACAUCCAAUGCAAUUGGGUGCUGGAAUCCAACCAGCACAUGGUUUCAGAGUUUCUUUCUGAAUUACGACAGGCUCUGCAAACCCAGUAUCUAAUCUCAAUUCAAGUGCCUGCAUUUAUGCAAAACUACAAUUUGGAUGAUAUUCCGGAGCAUGUUGACUAUAUUAAUGUCUACUCAAUGGAAAAGUUUAGUUCACUAAUUGGUCCUCUUCCACUGUACUCCGGCCAUGAACCACAGAUAAACUUCAACGUCGCUAGAAUUAUGGAUGGUUAUACUAGUAACAAUGAAAAGCACGCUAAGAAGUUUAAUCUAGGAAUUUUAUUUUCUGCCAAGCUAUGGAAAAAUGUUGAAGAACCCGCCGAAAAUGGAAGGGACUUGUUCAUCCACGCUGAUAAAGGAGCUACCAUGUCACGAUCAAUUGCAAAGAAAAAAGGAUGGAGACUGACAUCUGCUGAUUGGGAUGAGACGACUAAGACUUCGUAUAUUUGGAAUCCCGAAACAAAGGAAUUGCUAACAUUUGAAACUGAUCGGAGUAUAAAUGAAAAAACCAAGUACAUAAAGCGGGUGAAUAUUGGUGGAGUCUGUCUUUGGGCAGUGGAUAUGGACGACGGUACUCUUCUGGAAGCAGUGUAUGAUGCAGAUUUGUGUUUUGGUAAAUAG